CUGGUGUUGCAUUGAAUUAUUUCCCCCUGUCUGUCACCGGUUGGGUCACUCCUUUGGUUAACAUGGCCACUGUGGCGAUGUGUUCCAGAUUCCUGCUUCAGAAAUCAGCCCAGGGCUUUCUGUUUUCCUCCCGAGCGGUGCCCGCUUUCUCUAGCCCAUUUCUGUCCCGUGCUCAUAGACUGGAACCUUCUGAUGAUGAGUUGUACCAGCGUACAACAGUGUCUGUCAUGAAGAAGGAGGAAGACGGCGGGCUUCUGAUCCACAGCUACAGUACUACAGGAUUCAACAUCGAUGGCAACAGAGUGUUUGGGCCCUGCGCCGUGCUGCCUCCGGCUAUUCUGCAGUGGAAGGUUGGAAGUUCAAAGGACAUCACAGAAGAAAGUGUUUCACUCUUCCACAUGCUUGAACCAAAAAUAGAGAUUCUUGUGCUGGGCACAGGCACGCGGCUGGAACGAAUCGACCCCUCAGUCCUGGCUCUUCUGAAGCGUAAAGGCAUCGCUGUGGAGGUGCAGGAUACGCCAAAUGCUUGCGCAACCUUCAACUUCCUGGUGAGUGAGCGAAGAAUUGUUGCCGCCGGCCUGAUCCCUCCAUCGCACAGCACAGCACUUGAAGUCAAACAGGAAUAACAGCAACAAGUAGAAGUGAUCACUGCAGAUAGAGGUCAGCAGUUCACUGGCACCAAGCCUCCAUAGUAACAAACUCCAGCACUUUAUUACAAGCUAUUUUCUUAUAGACAAAGGUGUGUAAAGUGACCCUUUUAUGCUUUUCCUGUCAUUUAUAGUGUCACAGUGGAGGAUGCUCAUAUUUAAUCUGGUUUCUAUGAGCACAAAGCUCAGCUCAGGUUUCAGACUGCUUUAAAUGCUCUUCCAGUUUUUUUUUUUUUUUUUUUAAACUUUGGUUCUGUGUGAUGUCAGUGGGAGCUGUUACCCUUAAUGUGGUCAUCUCAGGCACCACCUGAUGUUCAGACCUUCUGUUUACAAGGACCAGCCAAUCAGGAGAGGCUAGCUUAAAGGGGAAGAAGCUAAAACGAGGGGUUUCACAAAGGCCCAGUAUAAGAUAACUAAUAAAUUAGCAAAGUAUGUUCCCUUUAUAGCAUCCAAUUUCACCUAGUGAUCUCUGUGAGGUUUGUGUAUCAGUGAAUGCUGAUGUUGGGUUUCCAGUAAGCUUUUCACACAGUCUGCAUGUGGUUGUGCAUGAAAGUGUUGCACAUCAUUGUUGUAAUGUUGGAUAGAGCUGAUUAUAACUGUGUGCACGAGUUUAAAGAAAGUCAAGUCAGAACACCAGUGCUGGAGAAUUAGACUGUAAUAAAGUGUAAAUGUGUCAUUGUAUAUAAACACAAGUUUUCCUUGUAUAAAGAAAUACAAAUGUUUUACAUACUGCAACUUAGGUGUAAUGUAUUUUUAUGUGUUACAAUAAAUCUGUUGUAAGACCAA